CUCGCCCUCCUCAGCCCACAAGCUCAGGCGCCCAGAUCCACCCGCCGGCCACCCAUCCCUCGGCCCGGAGGAGGUGCUUCGGCCCAAGGUAUAAAAGCCGCCUUGCAGGGAGACCUCGGAUCAGUUCAAGAUCAAGACCUUUUCUCGGCUGAGAGCGACGCCCGUCCACAGCCCUCCACCUCCACCUCCGUCAUGGUGCACUGGACAGCGGAAGAGAAGCAGCUCAUCACCUCCCUCUGGGGCAAAGUCGACGUGGCCAAUGUUGGUGGCGAAUGCCUUUGCCGCCUGUUGAUCGUGUAUCCCUGGACCCAGAGGUUCUUCACGGAGUUCGGCAACCUCUCCAACGCCCAGGCCAUCCUCGGCAAUGCCAAAAUCAAGGCGCACGGCAAGAAGGUGCUCACCUCCUUCGGGGAUGCCGUCAAGAACCUGGACAACGUCAAGGAGACCUUCGCCAAGCUGAGCGAGCUCCACUGUGACAAACUCCACGUGGACCCCGAGAACUUCAAGCUUCUGGGCAACAUCAUCGUCAUUGUCCUGGCGGGUCAUUUUGGGAAGGAAUUCACCCCCGCCUGCCACGGGUCUUUUCAGAAGCUGACCGCGGUGGUGGCCCAUGCCCUGUCCCGCCGGUACCACUGAUUGAGCCACUCUGCAGGAAAAGCAGCCACCUGUGACCACGUUGCUGCCAUAGGAAGUGACCCCCCCCGAUGCCAGUCUUAUUCAACCUUGCUGCCAAAUAAAAGUCAUCCCUGCAAUUUGACCAGA